GAAAGGUCUUUUUUGUCGUCCCGUCAGCCGUCUAAUCCGGAGAAGGAGGUGGAGAGGGAUGUUUUCUUAUUCCGAGCCUACAUUGCCCAGAGAAAAUAUGGUGUUGUCCUGGAUGAAAUUAAAGCCAAUGCUAGUCCUGAGCUCCAAGCAGUAAGGAUGUUUGCUCAAUAUCUUUCAAAUGAGGGUCAAAGAGAUGCAAUUGUUGCUGACUUGGACAAAAAAAUGGCAAAAAGUGUUGAUGUAGCUAACACUACUUUCUUGCUGAUGGCUGCUUCCAUCUAUUUCCAUGACAAAAAUCCUGAUGCUGCUUUGCGCACUCUACAUCAAGGGGAAAGCUUGGAAUGCAUGGCAAUGAUGAUACAAAUUCUUCUGAAGCUCGACAGGCUUGAUCUAGCCCGCAAGGAACUUAAGAAGAUGCAGGAGCAGGACGAAGAUGCAACUCUUACUCAGCUGGCUACUGCCUGGGUGAACCUAGCCAUAGGUGGUGAGAAGUUACAAGAUGCCUAUUACAUCUUCCAAGAGAUGGCAGACAAAUGCUCCUCCACCCUCCUCCUACUUAAUGGACAAGCAGCCUGCUAUAUGGCUCAGGGCAAGUGGGAUGAUGCAGAGGGGGUACUUCAGGAGGCACUGGACAAGGACAGUGGCCAUCCUGAGACCCUGAUUAACUUUGUUGUCCUGUCGCAGCACUUGGGCAAACCACCAGAGGUAACAAAUCGCUACUUGUCACAGUUGAAAGAUGCACAUAAAAAUCAUCCAUUCAUAAAGGAGUAUCAGGCAAAGGAGAAUGAUUUUGACCGGCUAGUCAUGCAGUAUGCCCCCAGCGCAUGAGGAGAAGGGAAGGAGGCUGCGGAUCUGCUCUACGGUACCUUGGGAACUGGGGGUGAUGCGCAAAGCCUCUUUGGCAACAUGGAAAAAAUUCCCUCUGCAAGUCGGUCUGGCUUACUUCAGCAUGGUGGGGUCUCGCAAUGCAGGGAGCCAAUGCUAAUCUUGCAUAUAACUUGUAGCCACUUGAAUUUGGUAGCUGAAAAGCCUGUGUUCUGACUUAGUUGGGUCCUGAACUCUGUUUAAAAUACAGUGCGGAUCAAGAGUAUGCAACACUGUACCUUAAACAUUCCUAAUAAAGCCUUUUCUGGAU